AUAAUAAUAAUUCAGCCUAUAUACGUCCCACUGCUGGGCACAGGCUUCCUCUCAUGCACGAGAGAGCCUGGGCUAUAGUACCCACGCCUACGCUAGCCAAAUGCGGAUUGGGGACUUCACAUACACCUUUGAAUUUCUUCGCAGAUGUAAGCAGGUUUCCUCUCGAUGUUUUCCUUCACCGAAAAGCUAGUGGUAAAUAUCAAAUGAUAUUUCGUACAUAAGUUCCGAAAAACCCAUUGGUACGAGCCAGGAUGUGAACCCGCGACCUCCGGAUUGAAAGUCGGACGUCAUAUCCACUCGGCCACCAUAGCUCAGCUUUAGGGAAUAUAGGAAAUUUAUAUACAGAUUUGAACCCGGGACCUCCAUCCUCUGCUUAGUAGGCAGUAGAGUCACUAUCGACUAGGUUAGAAGGCUGUCAAUACAUUACAUAAUAGUCUUAUGGCAUUAAGUCUGCCUAUUGUACUGUAAGGUGUUCAAAAAAAGGUUUAGAAAAUAAAUAAAAUAGAUAAAAGAAUUACACCAAUUUUAAACAUUCUAGACAGAUUGAUAAGUUACCUAAAAUGAGUGUUUAGGGGUUAGGCAAAGUUUUUUAAUAAUCUCAGAAAUAAUUUUAGAAAACUGUAGUAUGAUCCCCGUUAAAAUAAAGUACCAAAGUUUUUUUAGCGACAGCAGGACCCUAACGUACCAAUUAUUAAUCAUAGUAAAGUAACCAGAAUCCAAAGUUCGUAAAUACCAGAAGGUUGCGCGCAGGCGCGGAGGCUGCUGCGCUGUAGUGGGGAGCAGAGGUUGUAUUCCGCGCGUGCAAAGUGCCCGCGUCGCGCUGUGCCUGGAGGAUGAAGUGAAUCGUGCUCAGUGAGUGAUAAAGUGAUGAGUGCAUUCGUGUGAAACACCGGGUAGGCCUGGAUCCCGCGGCCGCGAUGCCGGUGGAGCAGCAGCGGUGCGUCUGCGUCGUCGUGCUCCUCAUUCACACCGUCAUCGGAGCUGGAGAAGCGCCAACAUCGUCUCCCCCAACACUGAAGCCCGAACACAACGAGCUGACGGUCACGUUCCCGCCGCUGGAUGAUCUCUACCACACGCCUGAGAAGCACUUCGCCACUGAAAACAACACGGUUGUGACUUCUCAAAUUGGCUCCACGGCGUUGUUACCGUGUGUCAUUAGAAACAUUGGUGAUGGAAUUAUAUCAUGGAUAAGAAGAAAAGACUAUCACCUUCUCACAGUCGGCCUGACCACAUACAGCUCCGACCAGAGGUUUCAAGCCAUACAUCUACAGCAUUCAGAGGACUGGACACUGAAAGUGAAGUUCGUCCAAAGUCGUGACGCGGGCAUUUACGAGUGCCAGGUUUCAUCUCAUCCGCCCACCAGUAUAUUUCUACGGUUAGAUGUUGUUGAGGCACGCGCGCAGAUUUCGGGUCCCACUGAGAAGUAUCUCAAGCCAGGCUCGACUUUACGUCUUCAGUGCGCCAUCGUGCAGACAACGGAAGCACCAGCUUUUGUAUUCUGGUAUCACAAUAGCCGUAUGAUAAACUACGACGCCGAGCGCGGCAUCAACGUGACCACCGACGCCGCCCAGCGCGUCUCGGAUCUGCUCAUACCAGCGGCGUCUGUGCAACACGCUGGCAACUAUACUUGUGUGCCCAAUAACGCCGUUCCUGCUAGUAUAUACGUCCACAUAUUUAAUGGUGAAAACCCAGCGGCCAUGCAAUCGUCAUCGCCGAGCUACUACAUCCUGGGCCACUUCCUAUUACCAGCACUAACGAUAUUAAACCUCUCCCUACGGUGACAAUCGUAAGCUUAACUGCCUUAGCAGAACGUAGCUAAGAUAAAUACGAGUAUCUUUUCUGAAACCUUUGUAGGACGGUUCGUUUUUGCGUGAAUCGAUUUAGCGUUCAUUAGUGCGACAAUGAGACGUACUUAUUGCAUGCAGAUUUGUUUUUACUGCUGUUCACUGUGCAUAGUACGAGUAGUAGCCGAGCCUAACAGUUUUUUUUUUAAAUUCAUUCUAGCGAAUCUGAUGUUAUUUUUUUGGUGGUUUCAUUUUGUAUGUAACCAAUAAUCUAAAUAAAAUAUGCGCGAACUCAAGCCGGAAAUACACCUUGUAGGUUAUUUUAACUUAAAUGUAGGGAGGAGUUUGUUUAUUACGAAGAGAUAGUGACAUUCAUUUCUCAUUUUGAACUAUAGAUGCAAGUCCACAAUCUCAUACUAAGGAAAAUGUCACCUUGAGAUUCUCGAGCGAGGUAUUUUUUUACGAAUCUAUAACUGGAAAUGUAAUGUUUACUAUUUGUUUAGUAAUAGAAAUUGCAAAGUAACCUUUGUCUGAACUAUCAACGGGCUUUCAUUGUUUUCAUUAAUCAUCUGUCAGUGACUACUUUUUUUCAAUUAAAGGGAGAAAAUAGAACGCUUUUUUACUACUCAUACACGGUUCGCAAGUAAAAUAAAAUUAAAAUGCAACAUUGGUUCUCCAAACAUAAACGUAAUUUUUAACUUUUAAACGAUCAAAUUAAGAAAUUGAUCAAGUCCAAAAACGAUCACCUUGAUAAUGUUUCUACUACUUAUAUUUGGUAGAGGCCAAAAUAUCUUCCCUAUGUGUAUGAAAACGUGAUACCUACGUCAAUUCCGUGAUGCGAGCUUGUGUCCAAACCAAAAUCUGACGCGUUAUAGGUCAGUGUGACAUUCACAAGUGUAUUUUUUGUAGCCGCUCCUGCUCCAUAAACCUGUAGCCGCUCUCCCUACAGAUGAAAAUUAACUAUGUAUAAAAUAAUUGGAACAACUGAUAAUCUGAGUUUUUAUUCUGAAAUAGUCGUUAACAUUAUAUAAUAUAAUAUGAUAUAUUAUGAAUUUAAAGACAUUGAUAGUUUAAUUUGCUUUCACAUUACUUUAAUAGUGAAAGGCUAGACGAGAGAUUCAAGUAUUAUUUAGUCUAAGUAGGUCCUCAAUUUCAUAAACGGUGCAUUCUCAAAACAUCUUUUUCUACUCGUCGACUGUAAUGGUUGAAUUAAGAUUUUGUAUACCAAACUGUUAUUGGGUACUUUUCAUGUAUGGGCUACCAACUAAACUAUAAUAUUCAUUUCGAAACGGUUUAGUCAAAUAUAAUCAACCUGGUCAAGAGGACGAAACAAAACGAUAGCUCAAAUUAAUUAUUUAUACAGUACAAACAAUUGCAGAGCAAUUGCAAUUGGUUGUACAGUAGAAACAAUUACUUCAUAAGCCAUAAACGCACAUGUGACACCCUUAAUAUAGCAACAUCCAUAGACUACGAAAAUCGCUUAGCGUUGCUUGUUAGUCUCCAUAGCCUACGGUGGCCAAAAUCAAGAAAAAAACUGUCUAAAAAUUGAAUUUAGCAAGGAGCAAGUACCAGGGCCUCAUGAGUUAUGAGAAUGUGUCGUUCGGGCUCCGGCGGGCGGGGCGCGUACGAGUAUGAAGGUAUCGCGGCUGCUCGCGUGUCUUAAAUAGCUGUAUACUUUUGGUUUGUUUACCUAUAGCUUCUAUUAGUUCAAAGUAUUAUUUUUGUUGACUCGUAGAAAAAGUAUUGUAUACAAUAGUGAUAUAAUCAAGCUUUUCAAUCUCGUACCUUACCUUAGGCAACUCAGCAAGCUUCGUUGCCUAAACCCGGUACUCGACUAAAAAGCUCUCUAUUAUAUCACGAUUGUAUAAAAUACUAUUUAGAUACAAAGUACCUCACACUAAUGAGAUGUUCAGUAGAUCAAUGAUAAAUAAGUAAUGUUGGUGUAAAUAUCACAUGCAGAAGUUGUUAUUCGUUUACGGAAUAUCUAUGAAGCAAACUUAGUUACGAGCAUUUAGCCAUUAGGUAACCAUUGCUUGUAGUUAGAUGUUCACUUUAUAGUAUACGGGGGUUGCUGAGGGAUGAAGAAACGGAACACAGCGUUGUUCAUAGGGCGUUUAUUCCAGAACUGAUUUUUACAUAAUUACCCACAUGUUAUUUUCAUACAGUAGUUGAGUCUACCCUAAAUACAUAUAUGACACCCUUACACUUAAAUUAUGCUAUAUGUGUAGGUACUAAACUUAUUUACCCUUAUUAUUUAAUACAAUGGGUAAGUGGCUAAUAUAAAAGGGGAUCACCGUAGUGAUCGACCGGUGGUAUAUUUCGACGAGGUCUUUGCACUGACGACGGUCCGGGUGGUAUCGGUGGUGGUUGGGAGAUUCCCGGAUGGUCCAUCGGACUCGGCCACGCCAACGCUAAAACUGGUGGUCGCGCUCUAAUUUGAUCUACAUGCCUCUUAAACUUAGUUGAUAAAUCGUUUUCCUUUACCACUAACACGGUCCUAGAACCUAUCACGGUAUCCACCUUCCCUUUAAGCCAUUUCUCCCCCGAGCUGUAAUCCCUAAACCACACAAGGUCUCCUAUCCGAAACACCCUAUCGGUACCCCCCGCUUGUUGCACCUGCCGUUCUUGUGCCGCUUCCACACGCUGCUCGAGCCUGCGCCCGGGCCGUAACAUGUCCAGACGGCAACGCAAUGCCCGCCUUUGAAGAAGCAUGGCCGGUGUUUGUCCAGUGGUGCUGUGAGGAGUAUUCCUAUACGCCAUCAAAUAUUCCUGAAGAGCUUCUUCCACGUCUACUUGAUCCCUAACUGCCUUUUUGAGCGCCCUUUUGCAUAACUUAACAGCCGUCUCGGCGGCCCCAUUUGAUGCCGGGUGAUACGCUGGUGUAAAAGUAUGAGUAAUCCCAUAAUAUCGCAUGAAGGUGUCUACCUCUCGGCUAGUAAAUGGAGGCCCGUUGUCGGAAACUACCUGUUUAGGAAAGCCAAAUCGUGCAAAUAUCUCCCUUAGCACUUUUAAAACCGCCGCUCCUGUAGUGCUGGUCAUUAAGAAAGCCUCUAUCCACUUCGAAGACGCAUCUAUUAAAAUCAAAAAAGUUUUACCGUGCCAUGGACCCAAAAAAUCAACAUGCACCCGCGUCCAUACCUCCCCGGGGUACUCCCACGGCUUAACAGGCGCGCGCGGGGGCGCCGGCGCCUCCGCUGCGCACGUGUGACACCCCGCGCAGCACGCCUCGAUGUCGGCAUCGAUACCGGGCCACCAUACGUAACUUCGGGCUACAGCCUUCAUUUUUACUAUCCCUAAGUGUCCUACAUGUAGUUCCUGAAGGAUUUGUUCCCUAAACACUGGGGGAAUAAUAAUCCUAUAACCCCACAUAACGCAACCCGAGUCUAAGUAUAACUCAUUCUUUCUUAUAAAAUAGGGUUGCAAAUCGGUGUGUGAGUUGUGAGAGGGCCACCCUGACUGUAAGUAUAAAACGAUUUUGCUCAAUAAUAUAUCUUUUUUUAUCUCCUCACAGACCUGUUUGUGAGUGAUAGGUAAAAAAUCAUUAACAAAAUUAAUAUAAGUGCACUCCGGUUGUUUCUCCCCAACCUCUGCCUUGCGCGGCAACCUCGACAAUGCAUCGGCGCCAUUUUGACUGGUACUCACGUACUGUAUAUCAUAGUCAUAUCCCGAUAGGAUCACCGCCCACCUUUGCAUUCUCGAAGCUGCCAUCACUGGUAUACCCGACUUGGGGCCGAAAAUAGCAACGAGGGGCUUAUGAUCUGUUUUAAGAAGGAACUUGCGUCCAUACAAAUAUUGAUGGAAUUUCUUCACACUAAAUAUAAUAGCUAAAGCCUCUCGAUCUAUUUGGGAAUACCCGCGUUCGGCCGCGUUUAGUACCCGCGAAGCGUACGCAAUCGGUCUUUCACUUCCGUCUGGCAUCAAAUGGGAAAUGACCCCGGCUACCCCUACGCUACUCGCAUCUGUGGUCAGCACCACCGGCAACCCCGAGGAAUAGUGCACUAAUACGGUGCUACUAGCUAAUAAUUUUUUUACGUCGCAAAAUGCUUCACUACAUUGCUCGGACCAUUCAAACUUUACUCCCUUUCUUAGCAACGCAUAAAGAGGUGCCAACUUGGAACUUAUAUUUUUUACGAAUUUUGCAUAAUACAUGACCAUACCUAAAAACGCACGCAACUCUGUUACGCAAGUAGGAGUAGGUACCUGCUCGAUAGCUUUAAUUUUGUCCGGAUUUGUAUGGAUGCCCUCUUUAUCCACCACAUACCCUAAAUAAGUGACUGACGUGGCGAAAAAUUUGCAUUUUUCUUUUUUAAUUUUUAAGCCAAACUUCUGCAACCUAUCUAGCACUUUAUGCAAUGUUUCUAUGUGCUCUUGGUCGUUCUUCCCGGUUAAAAUAACAUCGUCUAAGAAAACUCCUACUCUGGGCAGAUCGGCAAACAUCUGCUCCAGUUUUCGCUGGAAAAUGCCAGGACUCGAUGACAACCCGUAAAUUAACCUAUUAUAUCUAUACAACCCUCUGUGCGUGUUGAUAACGGUAUAGGCUCUAGAGCGCUCAUCCAGGACAAACUGGGCAUAUGCCUGGGACAAGUCUAUUUUGGUAAACUUUUCCCCCCCAUUUAGCUUGGUUAACAAAUCCUCUACUCUAGGUAAUGGAAAACGAUCUACCUCAAGGCAUUUAUUUAGUGUCGACUUAAAAUCUCCACAUACCCUAAUGGUUCCGUCCGUCUUGACGACGGGUACGAUCGGCGUGGCCCAGUCCGACGAGUCCACCGGCGUGAUGACGCCGUCGCGCUCCAGCUGGUCCAGCGCGCGCUCCACCGGCUCACGCAGCGCGUACGCCAGCGGUCGCGCGCGCAAGAACACGGGCCUCGCACCCUCGCGCACUCGCAAGCUCACCUCGCCACCCGUAUACCGACCGAGCCCCUCCGCAAAUACUUCACUGUAUCUGGAAUUAAGUUCAUUCAAGUUAACUCGUGCAGUGACCUCGACGUCAUGACAUGACAACUCGUCCAAUUUGAACCCUAACUCACGUAGCCACAUCCUCCCUAAUAAUGGUUCUUUGCCUUGAUGUACUACAUACAAUUCCAAUGGCUUGCAUACAUUUUUAAACCUGACAUUUACUAUGAUUUUUCCCAUGGGUUGCUUUUUUUCAUUGGUAUAAUAACACAUAACAAUAUCACUAUUAUGUAAUGGCAAAUGGGAAAACAAUUUAAAGUACAAAUCCCCAUUUAUACAAGAAAUAGCACUCCCCGUAUCAACUUCCAUUUCGACAAAUUUUCCCUCUAAUUUUAACGGCAACAUGAACGGUUUACACUGGUAAAUAUCGUUUACAUUAAAAACAUUGAAAUGUACCUCAUCGCUGAAAUCGCUGCUUGCUUCGUCUUGUGCUUCAUUUUUGUAUGUACAAACGCUCAUCUGUAACCUGGGACACAUCUUCUUCAAGUGCCCCGGCUGGUUGCACACGCGACAAACAUAAUUUGCGAAUUUACAACUCGAUGAGUCAUGCGGCCGACCACAAACACUACAUUCCUGCCCCGAUGAAGUACGUGGUGCUGCUUGCUCGGUACGGCGCCAAUCUCGUUGUGCCUGGCCCUGGCGCCUGGGUCCCAAAGGUUGUGACGCGCUGUUGCCCGGCGGUCGCGUCUCAUUGUUGUUUGCCGACCGGUAUGACGUCACAACUCGCCUGCCGCGCCAUGAUUGCGCCGAUACCGCAUGACAACCACUCGACGUACUCGGGCUGCCUUCCAUGCUUUUUGCCCUACCAUCCACCACUGCUGCGUUUGCCUGCGCUGCCUCCAUAGCUACCGCUAGUUGUAAAGCCCGGUCAAACGAAAUAUUAUCUUCGGUAAACAACCGCUGCCGUAUUGUUUCAUCACAAAGUCCACACACUAGCUGAUCUCUCAAAUUUUCUUUCAGCCCGGUCUCAAAGACGCAAUGUUUUGCUAACUUUUUGAGUUCUGCAACAAACUCCGCCACCGAUUCACCAGUCCUUUGUUUCCUGUUACGAAACCGGUAUCGUUCCGCUAACAAACUCGGAUUUGGUUGCAAAUGGCCGCCCAUCACUUUCACUAACUCAGCGAACUUUUUACUUGCCGGCUUAUCGGGUGUACAUAGGGUCACUAGGAGUUCAUAGGCUUGAUUACCCAUAACCGUAAUCAAAGUAGGCACUUUAUGUUCUUCCUUUGUUUCGUUGACAACGAAAUACUGCUCCAAGCGCUCCACGUAAGUCGACCAGUUGUCCGACUCCACAUUAAACACUUCCAAUUUACCGAUGGUCAUAUUUACGUUGCAAAUAACCCUAUAGAACUUCGCGCGGACUCGAAAUCGUCGCCAAUAUAGUAUACGGGGGUUGCUGAGGGAUGAAGAAACGGAACACAGCGUUGUUCAUAGGGCGUUUAUUCCAGAACUGAUUUUUACAUAAUUACCCACAUGUUAUUUUCAUACAGUAGUUGAGUCUACCCUAAAUACAUAUAUGACACACUUGUAGGUAUAUCCAUUUUUUUUAUUUAUAUUUAAUGAUUCAUGAACAUUCACGCAAAAACGUUUUCAUAUUGCAAUGAUUAACAUAUAAAUAAUUGUAAGUGUAUAAUUUACUGUGUCCAUGUAAAAAUGUCAUCACUAAAAUAAAUUAUUGUUAAUGAAUGAAUGUUAAAAUUAUAUACAAUAUUUGUAAAAACAGGGAAGUAUUACAAGUAGGUUAAUUUUUCAGAAUGAAAUAAUCUUGGCCAUUUGAUUUCAAAAUUAUAUAACUCUACUGAUGUUUAUUAUAAAAGUUCAGUGAAGCUAUUGAGGUUGAGGUGUAGCAAAGGGGACGCAAUAAAAAGCGGCGGCGCGGCGGGGCGGCAAUCGGGCUCCGCUUCGGGCUAUAAUCGCGAAAAUUUAAGUUCGCUAAUUGCGGGAAUCUUUCUCUGUCACUCUAAUUACGCCUUCAUUGGAGUAAAAGAGAAAGAUUCCGCAAUUUGCGAAUUUCGGUUUACGCGGUAGGCCCCCUGGUUCGGCGCUACGGGCAAAGCAGCCCCUUCGCGCCCUUGCGUAGCAUAGCGCUGUCACUAAUGCUCGCGCCUUCAGCUUUUUACAUAACACUCUAGGUGUAGGACAGACAAGAUCACCUGGAUAAUGAGGUGCUCUGAUUUGGAUUUUGGUACGAUUUUGUGUUUAAUUUAUUGGGUUUUUAUACUUUUUAUGUGCAUAAGGUAUAUGUUACUCUAAAAAUGUAAACACCCAAAGUUUCAAAAAUACGUUUUUGUUUUUUUUUAUAUAAAACACAUUCAUUUUGGCAUAUUCUAUACAAUAAAACCAUAAAAAACAUAUCUCAUAAUGAUAUCCCACUAUUGAAAAAGUCCUGCGUAACCUUUGCUACAUCCCAACCUUUUUUUAUAAAGCUUCAUAAUUUUACGAUGAUACAUUACUUAUCAAUAAAAAGACGACGUUUAUUUAAGUGCGACAGUAUCAUUUGAAUUAGGUAUAAUAUAUGCCAAUAAAAUGUAUAGCUAUAGGCAAUUAAUGAAGUGACAUUAAUUGUAAAAUCGUAUUAAUCUGUUAUUUUGAUCUGUUUGGGUUCUUAUCUUAAGUAUGGUCCUAUCCUACACAUCAGGGAACUUGGCACCAUACUGUUGAAAUUUAGGGUUCGGAGCAAUACUGUAAUAAUGCUACAUGAAGUAGGGCCCGAAUCGCGCUACUGAAAAAUAGUGAAUUUAUUUUAAGUACAACGCAAUGUCUCAGCAGCAGCAGCAGAAAGAAAGCACGAAUAUGAUGCUUUGAAGUAGAAAUGCUUCCUGCUAAAUCACUAAAUACUUUGUCCUGCUUUCAAGGAACGCUUUAGAAAAGUAAUCUAUUAUUUUUUGAAUAAUUACAGUUUAAACUGUUAAAACCUACGAAAACCAUCACUUUAAACUGGUUGACGGGGAACUGGAAAACAUUUUACUGACAUACUUUUUGGUAGCUUCUGAGAAUAUUUAGUGUCAUUAAAUUUUUGAAUAUUUUUAAAUAGCAUCUUUUUGUAUUAAUUAAUUUUAAUUUCACUUUCUGCUUGACAGUUCAUAACACGGCUGUAUCUACUUAUCUUUGAUGACGCUUUGCGUAACUUCAGAUGUUUAGUUCAUUUAUCAGUUGGAAAAUAGUGAAAUAAAUCAGAAUUUUAGUAGAAAUAAAAAUAUACAUGCUGGUCGUAUGGUAACGAGGUUUUGAACAAUAGCCUUCUAAACAAUAUCAACUUCUCUCUUUUGAAACACUACUAUCUAUUAAACAUCCUAUAGCAGAAACGUUGGCGUUACAAUCUAGGCAGAAAAUUAUGAGGAACUUACCCUUUACAUACUGAUCAAUUGCUUAUACCUACUUCUUAUCAAUUAAUCUUAAAUGUCACCGUAAAAACGCAAUUAGUUAAUUACUUAUUUAAAAGGCGUUUCAUUCGUUUUAAAGUGUUUAUACAGCUACAAUUGGUGUCAAUAGUUGUUAUUUAGCACGUUGACCAUCCAUAACAUUGACUAUAUGUCUCACUGUAAAGUGUAAAAUCACUAUAAAAAUGUUGUAAAUAAUAUGAUUCAUGUAAGUAUAUGGUAUCCCUAAGUAUUGUCAUUGUCAUUGUUAAAGUUGUAAAUACCUAAAUUGUAAUAGUCUUACAGCAGGCCACAUUAUGUAAUAAAACUAAUAAAAAAGAUGUUCAUUUUAGAA